AUGAAGCUAAACGUUCUCACAGGAAUCGCUAUAAUAAGUUGUGUCAAUGCAAUCCCAAUUAAAUAUGAUUCGCUGAACAACAUUUACAAGAAUUUGAUCCCAACUAUCGAUGGCUUUGCUACGAAUGUUGACGUCGAUUGUGUCGAGUCGAAGCUUAACCUAGCAAAAAAUGGCAAUAAAAUUGUAAAAAGUCAACAAGGCUUCAUGCUGGUACAUUACGCAGCUUUUUUGUGCUCUGAGGAGCUGACAAAGUCGAGAAUUGACGAGAAGCUUACUGAAGUCAGACAAGUUAUUACAUUGUUGGAACCACGGACUGAAAAGUGCUUGAAAAUUUCACUUUGGGAAUUGGAACCGGAUUCACCACUUUUGGAUAAUUUUAACAAAAAUGUCAUUGCGGACGAAAUGAGCAGCUGUAAAAAAUCAAAAGAUUUCAUAGAAUUCUCAAAUAUGAUGGAUGAAGCGUGGACAGUGGCUGAAGAACUUCUCGGCUCGGAGAUCACAAAAUGCAGGAAUCCAGUAGCUGAAAAGAAGAACCAGUUUACAUUUCUUGCUUUAGUGGACGAGACAAGACCGGCGGUUAAGAAUGAUGAGCUUGAUAAGUACAUUAAAGCUGAAACUGCAUUGCAGGACGCAUUUUUGCAUUGCGCUUUGGUUCCAGUUGAGAAUAUGGCAGGAACAAAUGUUGUUGAUGGGAAUGGGCAGGAGAAAGACUAA